CGACUUCCGGUUAGGUAUUUCACAUGUCGCUAGAAGUUUUAUCUUGACAAUAUUGGUUACCAGAUUUUGUCUUUAUAACUCACUGAAAUAUCAGUUUGAUAAGUUUCUUGUUCCAUCAUGCCUAAAAAUAAAGGUAAGGGAGGUAAAAACCGAAGGAGGGGAAAGAAUGAAAAUGAAAACGAGAAGAGAGAGUUGGUUUUCAAGGAGGAUGGGCAAGAAUAUGCUCAAGUUACCAAGAUGCUUGGAAAUGGGCGGUUGGAAGCGCUGUGCUUUGAUGGAGUAAAAAGGUUAUGUCACAUCCGAGGGAAGCUUCGUAAAAAGGUGUGGAUCAAUGGUGGUGACAUCAUAUUGCUCGGUCUCCGUGACUACCAGGACAAUAAGGCUGAUGUCAUACAGAAAUACACGCCAGACGAAGCCAGAAACUUGAAAGCUUAUGGUGAACUGCCAGAAAAUGCUAAAAUCAAUGAGGCAAUUGGUGAUGAAGAACUUGAUGACAAUGUCACCUUUGACUUUGAUGGUGAUGAUGAAGAUAUUGACGAGAUUUGAUGAAUAGAGGUUGGGGUUUUUUCUGUGGUCCAUCAUUAUUUUUUCUGAAACAAAGAGCCUUGCUGAGGAGGAAAUGUUUGUGUAAAAACUUGUUCAGUUGAACUGAAAUCAAACAUGAGAUUGUAUGUCAUUUAGGCUAAAUACCUCAUGGUGUAUCGUUUUUUUUCUUUGCUGUGAAAAAGUCUUAUGUAAAUUUUGUGAUAUUAAACAGUAUUCUAUUUUGUUACAUUAAAUAUUGUUUAAUGAACUGAACUUUUGAGUGAAAAAAACACACAUGAUAUUGAGGUUUUUACAGAAAUUAUUUCAUUUCGACUUUCCACAGAUUUUGGGGAUACAGCAUGGUGUAAAAUAUGAACUACACUGUUUGAAAGCAUUUGUACAUACUAGUAUAUCAUUGAAUAUGACAUGUAGUUUUAUUUUAUUUUUCGCCAGCUGCUUAAUAUUGUGGAAUAUCGCAGGCUCAGGUGUGUUUUGGUCACAUACUAUGCAUUUAUCAAAUAAGGAGCCUACGUCUUGAAUUAUUCUUCUCAGUGUAAUAUUUUUUUUGAAUUAACUAUAAUUCAAGGCAUACCUAUCCUAAAAUAAUGAGGUGUGUGGGUCAGUAAAAAAGAAAGAAGCGAUUCAUGGCACAUUAAUGUAGGGUGUUCACUAACAAGAGAAAUAGUGCUCUUGUAAACUUAAAAGUGAUCUUUUUCAUACAUUUUUCUCAUGGCUCACCCUGGAAAGAAUUUUCAGAUAUGUGGAUUAUUUCCUCGAAUAUUAUUUUAAAGGGGGUUCAUUUAAACAAAAUUUUAUUGGCCAACUUCUAAAAUUUUAUGUUAUAGUCAUUUUGUAUCAAAGUUAGUUGAUAUAGCUAUGGGGAAGGUGAGCCUUGUUUUCUUCAGGGGCAACUGCCUCUUGUAAUGCUACACUACUAAAUAUGGCUGUGCAGUUAAACAAUAGUUUUUCAACAAUAGUUUUUAAGUACAGAUAUCGACGCCAUUACUUGCACUCAGUGUAAGGGAAGGCCAAGGUAGUUUCACUAGUGAAAGACCUUAAAUGCAGCCUUGUUUGAUUAAAGAACGAAAAAAGUUACAAUUCAAAGAAUUUGCCAUGUCCAUAAUGCUACUAUUAAUCUUAUUCCAUGUUCUUAGAGUAAUAUUUUAUAAAUGUGAAAAUUGUGUUUGUACAGUUCGUAAUGGGUGUUUGUACAGUUCGUAAUGGGUGUUAAAGAGAGAGGACAUUUGGGGCCUUAACUGUUGCCUAUUCCAGCCCCAAGUUGAGCCAGUGAAGGUUUCGCUAAAAUUCAUGAACUUUUUAAUUGGUUCCCAACAUUGCCAUUUGGUUUACCGUGAAGCACAUGAACUAGUCUAGCGGACGUUUUUCUGCUCAGUCUGGCUGAACUCGGCCCAGGUGUACAUGAUAUAUAGAGAUGACAAACAUUUUCAGAUUUUUCUGGAAUUUUGUGUCACAUGGAAACUAUUCACGUCCUUGUUCUGUGAUAGGAAAAAGCUCCUGUUCGCAAAGUUUUUAUGAUUUAAUUGUUCCCAGUCAUUUUCGUCUCUUGAUAGAUAGCUAAUUGUCUUCAAUUAUACGUAAUAAACUACAAUUUUUAAAACAAUUUUUAAAAACCUAACAACAGUAUGUCGCCAUCCUGCCCCACCCCAUACUUAGUGGCCGACUGUCACCUAUUAUUCAUAUUUAUAAUUACUUCCCCUUUUCCAUCCCACACUUUCAAAAUGUUUACCCAUGGUUCUGCACUGUUAUGUGUUGGUGCACACCUACAGAAAUGAACUGAUGGAAUUCGAUAUGAAUGUUGUAUAUUGUAACAUAAAAUAAAACCUGUUUUAACUGUACAUAUGUUAGAGCCACAAGGUGCUAUCUCCAUUUGUAAUCAGAUGGGUUCAGUGCACUAUCAUGACUGAAUGAUAUUCUAUCUGAUAUUAAAUCUCACCUUUUGAUAUUCUGCACACGUUUUCUUAAAGUAUUGUCUGUCUGAUUCAUAAAUUGUGAUGGUCAGAAUGUGCUGUAUGUAUAUCACAUGCAUAGGAAGGUGCCAAAAAGGUGGGGGGCACACACACACACACACACACAUAUAUAUAUAUAUAUAUAUAUAUACAUAUAUAUAUAUAUAAAAUCUAAAAGCCAUCGCUGCUGCUACAAAGUGCACAUGCCCCCCUUGCGCCCCACUUCCUACGCCAUUGUACAUGUAUAUGCUAAAUUCAGUAGCACAAAACAUUCUUCGCCAUGAACAAAAAUCAUGGCGAACUGAAGAUCUCCUGAAAUUGUGCUUGGUGAGCAAUCGCAUGAAAUUUCAAAUAAAAUUUAGGAACAAUUUCCUUAGAAGGUGAUGAUUUGCUGCUCUUACAGGUAGUACAGGUGAUCGCUUACCUUUCCUAGCGAAGAUUGCAAACAUUGGAGAUCACACCUUUUGGUUCUAGCAGGUGGUGUUAGUGAUUGUUAAUUAAGUCGGGUGUCAUUUCACCAAUCACAUGGUUGUAUAUGGUAUUUGAUGAACUUGAAAGCCCAAUGAUAAAAGCCAGAUGAUGAUGAUUACAUUGUUGAGAGUUAAACACUGAUUGAGAUAUCACUAAUAUUUAUAUCCAGUGUAUUACCUGUAAUUGUUAUUAGUUAUCACCAACUUGAAGAAUCUUUCCCAAGUUUGUUGCUAUAAUAACAUGUUAAAAAGUCUAUUUUCUUGUUCAGACUAAUAGUAUGUCUGUAUAUACAAUUUGUUUCUGAAUGUUUAAAUGUCUGUGUAGCCCAUACUGGAUUUUACCACCCAAUAAUUUUAUACUUGUGAAAAAGUAUAUAUUAGUAAGUAAAAUGUUCAAGCUUUUGAUCGUUUAGUUGACCAAGAAACAUUGAAUAUACAGAUACUUAUAUAUUCUGAACAAGAAACAUAUUUAGUCAUUAAAAAAGCUCAAAUUAGUCUAAAUCACAGGUACCCCCAAACAAAAACCCCUAAUACAAAUACUAUAGUUACAUAUAUACUCUAUAUUAUAUAAUGUUAUUAUAACAUAUCUGACGUUAAUGUUUGGGGAUACCUGUGGUCGAAACCACCACCUCAUAUUGUCUGAUGAUCUGAUGUACCUUUAUGUUCACCUAUUUUGAGCUUUCAAAUCGAGAAUCCUGCAAGUUUGGCAUUUGGGUUUUUUCCCGAACAGAAUGGUGGUGGAUUGAAAAAAGCACAAAACUGCCAUUGUCAUCUGGUCUUGUUGGUACCAAAUAAUGUAUUUACUAUAAUUAUAAUGUCAUGAGGUAAUGUAUGACUUUUUGUCAUUUGUCUAUUUAAUUUCAAUAAAACAGAACUACAAACAAA